UUUGACAUAUGCGCUCUCUCUCUGCUUCUCUGCCUCUUUCUCUCCUCUGUCUUCCCAUACCUCUCCAUUGCUCCAUUGCUCUCUGUUUCCCCCCCUCCAGGACAGGAAAAGGAGCGGUAGCAGGGAGCACCAGCGAAGAAGACUGACCACAAUAACAGGAAGAGGAAGUGGGCAGUGACCUGUGCUCGAGGGGGGCUGCGGUUGGACAGCUGUGGUUCAACACUUUUGGCCGCUGGAUGAGAAAACCACAUCAGAGGCGACAGGAGGAAAAAAGAGCAAGAGAUUCUCAAAACCUGUUGGACUCGUGAGGAAAAACCUCGACGACCUGAGGAAGAGAAACAAAAAAACUUUCUACCUGUUUGAGAGGAGAAAAAAACCUACAGAGGAAGAGUGAUAUCUCAGCGAUUACCUUCUGAGUGAACUCUGCUUUUUAUUCCUAAAAUCUGUCGAGACUCUGAAGGUUUGUCUUUUGGAACUCUUGGAUUCAUUGUCAUUCAAGAGGAAUCAACCCAUACUACAUCAUCACAGACUUAUCUUAUUAUCCGCUCCACAGAAAAGGAUUUGUACAGAAACCUGGUGAAAAUCAAGCCGAGAGAGAAAUCCCUGCCUGUACAACAACACCUGCUGCUCUCUUUCAACAUCAGGAAAACCAGCAGACAGAGAACAGCGAGCGAGGAGGAGGUGGUUUUACUCCCUGUUGAGCGUACAACCACCUACCAGCCACUAAUUUGUACGACAACUUGCCACGUUAAUAAAGUAUACCCCAGUCUGUGUGAGCAGGAGAGCACCUUGAAGGAUUUCCUUUUGCACCAUAACAGAUUCCUGGCUUGGACCUUCUGUCUGUGUGAUGAUGGCUUGGCUCCAGCUGUGGAGUACGGGGCUUACGGCCAUUAUGGCCUUGUCCUUCUCUCUUGCUGCUGCUGAAGAUUCGGGCCUCCCUGCGAUGGCAGCACAGCAGCGAGGCCUUGUCGAGAUUGUGAAGAAGGAGAACCAUCCCGUCCUGUUCAGGCAGAAGAGAGAGUGGAUCUGGAACUCUCUGUAUGUGGAAGAGGAGAAACCUGCACCUAUCGCCUACAAGAUUGGACAGCUGAAGUCGAGCCAGAAAGUGGAGGUGAAGAGCUUCAGAAUAGAGGGUGAAGGAGCAAACACCAUCUUCACCGUAGAUCGCAAAGGAGACCUGUUUGUUACCAGAUCUCUGGACAGAGAGGAGAAGAACGCGUACCAUUUGACUGCCAGGAUGUAUGAUGGGAACAACCAGCUGAUAGAGGACUCUGGAGACUUUGUCGUCCAGGUGACCGAUAUCAAUGACAACACUCCAGUUUUCCCCAGACCAUAUAAUGGAUCCAUAAUGGAGAGGUCCAUGAUAGGAACUAAAGUAGUUGAGGUGAGGGCGACUGAUGCUGAUGACCCCACCACUGCUAAUGGAGAGCUCAGGUACUCUUUGACCCCAAGCGGAGACCUUUCUGCCUUUGAAAUCGACAGCAUCUCAGGUGUGAUCAGCUGCAAGACAAACACUCUGGACCGGGAAACCAAGGGUCAGUACAUAGUGGUGGUUAAAGCUCAGGACAUGAGAGGAAUGGCCUCUGGCAGCACAUCCACCACCUCCGUCACCAUCACCAUCACCGACAUCAACGACAACAUAGCUUCUUUCACCCGAAAGACGUAUGAACUGCACGUUCGUGAGGACCGCAAGACGAAUGAGAAGAUUGGCACUCUGGAGUUGGAGGACAGGGAUCAGAUCCAGAACAAAGAGCCCAUCUUCGUCAUUCCAAGCGAAAACAGCAAAGUGUUUAACAUUGAACUCAGCCCCAACAAGGAUGGCAACCUCAUGCUCAAGCAGGCUCUGGACUACGAGACGACCCCCAGCUACAGUUUCAUCAUCCAAGUGAAAGAAAACCUGAGAAACCUGCGCUUUCCUGCCGACAACGUGAACAGUGCCGUCACCUCAGCUCAGGUAAUCAUCAAGGUGCUGGAUGUAGACGAGGCACCGGUUUUCUCGCAGCCCAUUUACACUUUCACUGUGGUGGAGGAACGAGUUGUGACCAACAUCGGAGCAGUCACUGCCAGAGAUCCUGACAAAGCCAACAAGAGCAUACGGUACUCCAUCUUAGACAAGGACUGUCCGAUCAGUAUCAACCCGCUCACAGGUCAGCUGUCCACCCUGAGGACGCUGGACAGAGAGCUGGAGGCCACACACAUGUUUCAAGUUAAGGCACAGGAGGAGCCAAAUGGUUUGGAGUCAUUUGUUAAAGUUAACAUUAUAGUUCAGGACAUCAACGACAACAAGCCUGAACUGACCGUGGAUGAGAUCUUCGUAUGUGAGAACGACCCCACGAACACGGUGAUAGGAACCUUGAGAGCCACAGAUAAAGACGACCAGCCGGCCUCCUUCACUUUCAGCCUGGCCAGCGAGAGCUCCAACUUCUCCAUCAGAGACUACGGCAACAGCACAGCAGACGUAAUGGUGAAACAGGGGCCGUUCAGCCUGGAUGACCCCAAGGAUUACAGCGUGGAUGUGCGCAUCAGUGACGGAGGGCGACCCAUCCAGACCAGCAUCACCAAACUGGCUAUCAAGUCGUGUCGCUGUGACGCCAGGCGGAUUCCUACGCAGUGCAAAGCUGGUGCUCGGAGGAUGGGAGUGAGCGUCCACGCCCUGAUAGCCAUUCUGCUCUGCAUACUGACCAUACUGGUCAUAGUGAUCCUGUUUGUGAUGAGGAAACGCUACCAGAAGGAUUCACUGGCCAGUAUGAAGAACAGCGGCGAGAUUCAUGAGCAGCUUGUCACAUAUGAUGAAGAGGGAGGAGGAGAGAUGGACACUAACGGCUACGACGUCUCAAUCCUCACUUCCGCUUGCAACGACGGCUCCCUGCUCCGUCACCCUGAACACCACCCCCACCCCUCUCUCUACGCCAUGGUGCAGAAAUCCCAACACCACGCACAACCCACCGCAUGUAAGGGCGACAUGGCCGUGAUGAUCGAGGUGAAGAAAGACGAGGCAGACCACGACAGAGACGGCUUCCCAUACGACACUCUCCACAUCUACGGCUACGAGGGACCCGAGUCUUUAGCCGGCAGCCUCAGCUCUCUGGAAAGUUCCUCCACCGGCUCGAACUUGGAUUACGACUUCCUGAACGACUGGGGGCCAAGGUUCAGGACCCUGGCCGAGCUGUACGGUGUGGACGCACCUGACUACUACCAUCAAUACUGAUGGAGACCGUCUGCUGAUAAGCAUAUGUGAUGCCAAAAUACAUACACAGACACACAUAAAAAACAGCCAUAGGAAUAACCUCACACACUCACACAUAGCCAAAAGCAUGCAGGAAAUAAACAUGUUCACACACACACACACACACACACACACACACACACACAUAGAACCAGGCUUUGAUGCCAUUUUGUUUCUUUGUGAGAGCAUCAAACUCCAACAAGCUCCAUCAACUAUAGAAACAAGGAGAUUUUGGAGAGCUCUUUUUUUCUCAUGACAUGGUGCCCUCUGCCCCCUCCUCCUCCUCCUCCUCCUCCUCCUCCUCCACUGAGGAGAUGUUGGAAAGAUUUUUAAAGUAACACCAGGACAUGACGCCAUAGGAGAAAGUGAGAACUAACUGCUUCACAGAUUUGCAAGAUUGUUGGUGACAGCGUGAGAUCCACACCACGAGGAUGCUUUUUGUUCUGUCACAGUGUUGUGAAGUUUGACAUCAGAACCCCUUUUAUUCCACCUGAGAAGAUCUGGAAGUCCAAUCAGAUGAAGCUUCACUGCGAGUCGUAGCCAAUCAGAGUUAAACUUGGAUAAUUGAUGGGUUAAUCAGGUCACUGCUGGCCAGCGAUGUUACUCAGUAAUUCAGAUUCUUUAUGUCCUUUUGCAUUUAGUUCAUGCAGCACCAUUUUGCAUCCCCCUUUUUACCACCAGUGACUGUAUUGCAGAGUUUUGUAUGCACAUGUAUUCAUCUACAUAUACCUGCCAAUGAUGCAUAUUUCUUAAUGAAAAGAAAUAAACUAACUCUGGAUAAUUAAACAUCGACACAAACAACACAUUCUCACUCCCAUGUCGUCAAAAUGCGAGACUUGGUCAGUGGCCCUACACAUCAUGACACUCUAGUGAACAAUGAUCGUGUGUCAAUUUUUGCUGGUUUCAUGCAUUGUGUCUUUAAAAUUAGUUUGCGUUUUCAGAGGAAAUGUACAGUUUCUGCUCCUUGAAUGCAUACAGUCUCUUUUUAAAAGAAACUUACAACACUUCUUUAGGUUUAGGCAACAAAAGCAUGUGGUUAGGUUUAGAAGAAAUAUCUUGAUUUGGCUCAAAGUAAGUACGCUUGUUACUAACGUCACAUAUGUCACUAGCAUUGUAUGCUACACAUUCUAGCACGCCACACUACGCUGUUAUCAAAAUAACUCAGUUGACUGUUGGUUUCACACGGUACACAAACAGCGGUUUCCAGGUGAAAGUCCGGAGUUUGUUUAAUCCAACCGCUCCAUGCAGACUUUCUAGCUUCUUAUACUACAGUUGAUUGUAGGGUCAAAAAUGCAGCUGCCCGAUGUGUCUCAUACUGCCAGUAAAGUGAUCCGAAUCUGAUGCCAAGAGCCACCGACCAAGCGUUGGUAUUUAAAGAACUGGGAGUGAGACCAGGUUGGCACAAAGUCUGCAUAUACCACAAAAGCUAUACUUAGGGCCUGUCCCAAUACCCCCCCUUAGCCCUACCCCUACAUUUGCGCAUUCCCGCGAGGGGUAGUGGUGUCCCAAUUCCUUUUUGCGUGUAGGGGUAGGGGGCAUAACGAGGGGUAGUGGGUAUGAAACUAGCCCUUCGGAGCAAGGGAUUUCAGACUGUUGGACUUUUCACAUUACGAUAACACGCCAGCUAGAAUAACUAUGCUGCCUCGUAAUGUUAGCUGGUUAGCUAGCUAGCAGAAGCCCCCUGUCGUCUGUCGUUCAUCAAACGAAGCAUGAGGAAUGUGGUAAACACGAUCGGUAGGAUGAACUCUACCGGAGACUCCAUUGUAGAUGCCGGGUGGAAAUGUAGAUGAUUCGCAGCUUCCUGUUUAAAAUAGUUACAUAUGCGUGAACGUAACCGACGCUGUGACGUAGUGAGUGGUGUCCCAAUUCCUAGGGAAAGAUUUCUACCCCUACCCCUCGUUGCUUCAUUUUGAGGGCAAAGGGGUAGUGGACAAGGGGGGUAUUAGGAUUGGGCCUUAAAAAGUAUGCAUCAUCUUAUUCAAAUGUAAAAAAUUAAACAUCAGCUUAUCAUCUGCAUAUGAGCUUAUUAAGAUAUAGUGACUAACAAUGGAAUUUUGAUAUCAAUGGAAGUUUAUUUCUGUGCUACUGGGGAUGCAAAAUGGUGCACGUUAAAACAACUUACUGAUUUUAGAUUUUUGACACGUUUGUCGUCUCUUUCAUACUGAUGCCUGUAAUCUUUUCCAACUUUGAUGUGUUUUUUUUUUUAGAUAAUUAACAAAAGGGCCAUAAACACGGCAAGAGGAGGGUGAUUUUAUUUUUGAUCUGAGGUUCAUGAUUUGAUUUGUAAAUAUGUUCGCUUGGGGGAGGGUUAUUGUUUGAGGUGAAAAACUUUGAGCAGCCCCCAAGAGUUUUAAGUCAAAGAGGUUUGAAGUGUUUGAUCACAGCCAGAUGCCGGUUGUGUUUGCUUUAUCUGAAACAAGGUCGCUUCUAAGGAACUCUGGAAAACUCACGCUGUUUACUAGUCUGUGAUAUCCCGUAAGUUAUUCUGUGAUAUGUUUCCUUCACUGCAAUAUUGCAGCAAUUUCUGACAUAAAAUCAGUUUGACCAGCUGUUAAAAAAGGUUCAGAUAACCUGCACAAAAAGUUGCAAUUCUUUAAAGGAAGACACCUUAAAAAAAGCCUGUUUUCCCUCUUUUUGUUUUCUGAAACCAUCCAAUAUGUCCAAGGAGUCAUUUUCUAAGAGAGUCAUUUUGUCCAUUUUCCCAGUUAUCAUCAGCUCUGAGGAGAGAGAAGAUGACACACGGACUGGAAGGAAAUGGCUCCGCUGUGGCUCAGACAGAAUUACAAUGUGUUCCCAGGUCUUAUUUGACAGAACCUAUCAUCACAGUUAUUGUUGAGAUGAAAGCCCAAUUCUCUGCGGCCUACUAGAACAAAAGUCAUUCAGGCAACUCAGGAAGCAGCAAGUGGCAAAAGCAGCCAGUAGGGCCGCUGUGAUGGCUCAGAGGUGGCCUGAAUAACUUUAACCUCUCAUCCUUUCUGGCUACUGUCGGGUCACAAACUCUCGGAUCCAACAUUUUUACGAUCUUUAGAUGAUUUUUAGCAUAUUCACAGGAAAAAAAGAGCAUUUUUGCUCAUUCAUAAACAAAGCUUCAAUCUUUGGACUGAUCUGAAAGUAUUCCUUUACUGUAGUUUGUUUCAUCUUACAAUAAGACAAACUUAGAAAGGCUUAUUGACUUUCUCUUUUUAGUUAUUAGUUCCAGGAUUAGUUUGUUCCAAGAUACACAACACAUGGUCAUGGUAUAAAGAGGACAAUCCACCAAGAAGCAAACAGCAGUCCACAAAAACACACUCCUUGGAGCCAAACUCAUCCUCAUUGAGCUUUUUUUUUUUUGAUAACCAAAUUUUUUGUGGAUUAUGGCAGCAAGUAACGAUUAUUCAAUCUGCUGGUUAUUUUCUUGAACAUCUGAUCAAUUGUUUUACCUAUAAAAUGCCCAAAAAUGUGAAAAACCCCAUGACAGUUUCAAGGUGAGCCCACAGAGAUGAAGAUGCUGGCUUAUUUUAUUUGACCAAAAAUGCAAAACCCAAAGUUUACAAUGAGAGGAAAUAAAGAAAAAUAAGCAGCAAAACUCACAUUUAAGAAGCUGGAACCAGCUUAUAAAAUAUGUUUGGCAUGUUUUGCAUGAGAAGUGACCAAAUGCUUAAUGGAUGAGCAAAAUAGUUUCCAGUUAGUUGCCGCCACAGUUGUGCUGUGGGUUUUCCCUUGCAUAGAUACUUGUUAUCCAUUUGGGUUGCCAGUUCUUAAGCACCCACUGAAGACAAAGAUCCAUUUUGCUUUGCAUCUUGUAUCUUGACGCAGGAGGUGUUGGUGGUCAGGUUUAGGCAACAAAACUACUUGGUUAAAGAUCUACUGUGUAAGAUUCAGGGGGAUUUAGAGGCAUCCAGCAGUGAGGUUUGCUCUGAUGUAAAAAAAAUGAAUGUCCUUAUCUAGAGCCAGUGUUUGGUUUGUGAAUUCUGGGCUACUGUAGAAACAUGGCGGUGCAACAUAUCCUAAAUCCAACACACUGGACCUACAACGUCAAGUAACAACUGACUAAAAUCUCAUGUGACAAACAUUGAUCUCCUGGGUCAAAGUCCUGUGCUUGUUGGACCCAUGUGCCCUAAACAGACUUUCUUGCUCUUCAUACUAUGUCUCUUGCUCUUAUCAUCUAAUAAUGAUGUGCAUGGUUGGGUUAAAAACUCUGUGUCUCAUUCCAACACUAAACAAUGCAUUGUGCAUCCAUAUCUGACACCAAGGGUCACUGACGAAGUUUUUUGACACCCUGGGUGCGGGACCAGGCUACUUUGAUAAUAUUGAGGACAUGCUGUUUAUUCGCUUUUUAAGUUAUCAGGAACAACUGCUCACAUGUACUGUCUGACCCCUGGCUAUCUGUCGAGAAAAGAGCUAUUUAUCACCGACACAGUAGCAUUUAAACAAUACAUUCGGACAUUUUGGCUCUGGAGAUAAAUCAUGGCUUGUGCCGUUAGAAGGUCAUUUAUAAAAGGUCAUAAAGGUCAGUAGUGACAACUUAUAAAGAAUAGGUGGUGCCCACUCCUGUUAAAAUAGGUGAUAUUUAAAUACAUACAGACGCAGCCACGUGUCCUCAGGACAGUCCCUUUGUUUUGUUUUCAUAAAUCUAAUUUUUCAUUCCAUUUUACCAGUUACAGUUUAUUUGUUCUCCUUUUUAUUCUGUUUUGUUUGGACUUGAACUUGUUUCUUUAAGACUCCGGCCCUUGUGGAAUGCCAUUUGAUAAACGCUGGGUACAAUAGCUGGAAGCCCUCGCAAUGCUUUCCUGUUGGCUUCACAUGUAUACUUAGAGCAGCCAGUUCCUCCACAUCACUCUCAGUCUGUCUCUCGUUUGGCCUCGCCGUAUCUCCACCACACCGCCUCUCUCUCCGUCCUCUAAUCAGCUAAACCAAACACCAAAGUUAACUUCCUGUCCAUCUGGGGGGUUGCUCCCGCCCCUUCCUGUCUGUGUUAUCUCUCCCCCGAGCCAACACAUUGUGCUCACUUCCCGUUAGCCUGGCCUGGGAAACAACCUUGGAGAGGAACAAAAAAAAAGGAGCGAGGCAAGGAGAAACAUGGGAUGACAAGAAACAAGAAAAAAAGAGAACAAUGUGGAGCAGUGAUGAGUUUUCCAGCUGAACAGAAACACUUAAGAGCAAAAGAUGUGCGUGAUGAAAUGCCAAGACACACACGCAAGUGGUGUUAACAUCCUGUUAUCCUGGCAUCUUUGUGUGAAGCAACACUGGGCGCAACAUUCAGAAAUCAAUAAAGAUUAGCCACGGCUGAAUCUCUGAAUUGAUGAUAGGAAACUCUUUACUUUGUUGCCUCCAAGUGGCAGAAAAAAGAAAAUCGUAGCCUCUAUUUAUGCCUCUCUUCAUUUAUACAUUUUAAAAGUUUGGGACAAGGGGACAACUUUUAGAAAACUAGUCUUGUGUCAGCACCUAUUUCUGCUGAAGACAUUUCUGCAAUCCAUUAUAAAGAUGAUUUUUUUAACUGGUUUUAUAAGACAUGUUUAUGGAAAACUUUUCUGGCAGCCAUCUUUUUCUGGAUCAAAGAAUGGAGACCCACGGGAGGAAAGAUUAUUUUGUCAUGUCAGACCUUGAGCUCUCAAAGAAAACAGAAUCAGAGUUGGUUGCAGUUCUUUGUUAUCACCAUUAUUGUCAGAACAGCUUUUAUUUUUAAAAACUGAGGAUGUGAACAAAACAAAACAAAAAAAAUCAGUGUUGUUAAAAUCAGCAGCCUGUAGCAGAGGUGCUCCAUUAUCUACUUUCCUAGCAGCAACAGCAAGUGUUGCAUGUACUUAUGGUGAGAAAAUCGCAGACAUUCGGAGACAUCUUUUUUUUUGUGCUGGAAAAAUACUGACUGAAAUCUGUUCCUGACAUUUGUUCCAACUUGCACAUUUUAAUUUCCUUAUUUUCCAUAAUUUAUAGUCUUACUCACUUCUCCGCAGUGACUCAUCAGAUAUUGCAAAACGUUUUUGAAUCCAUGAGGAUUCCUUUAUUCUGUAUGGCAUCUGCAAAAUCAACACACUCUCAUCCCAACUUGUCAAAUACUGCCGCUUUGUCAGUGGACCCACAUGCCAAAAUAUGAUGCCCUGGGUACACUUCCUGCGUGGACGAUCAGGGGCAGCGUAUUAAUUUUACUGUUCAUUACAUGCAUACAGUAGUUUUGAAAAUAAAAUUAAAAUGUGGGUUAAAAACCUUAAUAUUUAUUAUUUUCUGAAGGUCAGGCAACAAAAGUCCGUAGAUAGGUUUUUAAAUAAGUGUCAUGGUUUGACUUAAAAUAAGUACAGUUAUCAGAGGCAUUUCUAGGGUUUCAGGACUGGGGGACUUAGCCCAGGCCUCUGUAGGGUGGUGCAGAGUUCCCUCCAUGUGGUUGCAUUUCACCAACACAUGAUUUUAAAAAAAAGAACAGGGCUUAGCUUUACAAUCUUACAAGAAGUGAACAUGGGCCUCAUGGGCGAAAGUCAGUGGUUGUUGGACCCAUCCGCCACCCCUCCUGCCCGCCCUGAUCAGACUUCUGUCCCCUCAACUUUUGUUGCUGUCCGACGUUCUUCCCCCCCGAUGCCGCUGGAUGCCGUUAAACAAUAACGAUCACUGGCCGAGUAUCAUGCCGACGUGAAUGGCUUUUUUUACCCGUGUCUGACGCCAGAAGUCACUGACUAAGUACCGGUUUUCGUCAACUUCAGAGUGAGACUGGAUUGCGCUAACAUAAUGUUAUGUCAGGUGACAUACAUCAUGUGACGUGAGUCGCUAGCAUGCUGCACAUACGUACACACUAUAAUAGAAAAUCUCGCUUGACUUUUGGUUUUCCACAGGAGACAAAGAGCGGGCUCACGCAGGUGAAAAUCCGAGGUUUGAUUGACCUACCCAGCUCCCCUCCCUCCUGCCCUAUGCAGACUGUCUCACUCGUUAUGUUGACAGUAGUUGCUGGUGGCACCACAAACUGCCGCUGCCCAGUGGGUAUCAUGUCACCAAGAACGGUGCCUCUGUGUGUUAGCGUCUGACACCGAGAUCACCUGACAAAGUAUUUGAAGAGUUGGGAGUGAGAAUGGGCUGUCAAACUCACCAUUAACAGUGACGUCACUUUGUCGAGUUGACUUAUUCUAUAACUUUAAAAGUGCCAUUUUUAUUCUAUCAAACAGUGAAUCAGUUUGGAUCCAGACAGUGAAAAUAAAUAAAUCUCUCAGGUUGGGAUUCAGGCACUAAAUACGUUUUUCACAAACGCCCCAAAUAUAUUGAAAUCCUAACUUUAAAAAAAAAACAGACCUUUAAGUGAUUUAGCUUUAAUUUCAUUUGUGUAUCUCUGUUACUGAGGGGUGAACACUUUGAGUGAAAUGUACAUAGAAAAAAGAAUGUGCCUAAUAGUGAUUUUUCUCUGGCCUCACCUUAUUGAUUUUUAGCUUACGUUACUGUAUUUAGAAGACUUGACAAAUCUCUUUUUAUCACUGUAAAAAGUAACAAUAUACAUUUUUUUACUACAAAAGAAAGAGAAGUGUUUGAGUGGCUGCCUGAGUGAAGAUGUGACUUUCUGUUCGUGUGUCCACUCGUGUGUUUGUGCGCUUGUGAUUGUACCCAUGUACAUACACACAGAUGGUGUCAAACCAGUUUAAAAAAAAAUAGAGAAAAAAAAAAAAGAAACCACAUAGAAAUACAUUUUGGUGUAAAUACAGUAAGGGUCUUCAAGGGAGCAACAUGUGCCUUUAUUCUUUAAAAAAAAAAAAAAAUACUGUAAUUCAUUUUUUUGAUGGCAAACACAAUGUUUUCUAUAUUGUUUUUAUGGUGUAAAGCAACUACUUUUUAUUACCUGACAUUUUUGUAAGUGUAGAAUAAAAAUAAACACUCAAAUAUG